CGGCGGGUCACUUCCGGCAAGGAAAACGGAAGCCGGUACCGGGCAGGAUGUCCCGAAGAUCGAGGAGCCCAAGUGAACGGUGCGGGCGAAUCAAUGUCACUGAGGAGAGGAGGUGAAGAGACUCCGGGAGCUAAAAGGACAUGGACUCCCUUGACACGAUGCUGACUGAUCCCCUGGACCUGGGGCCGUGCUUGGACAGCAAUGGUACGGGAAUUAUGGAACCAUGUUUACUUGGAGGGACAAGAGUCAGUCUUCCUGAAGAUUUGCUGGAGGAUCAUGAGCUCUUCUUUGAUGUGGUCAGCAUGGACACCUGGCAGAACGUCUUGUCAGACUCGCAGCGGGAACACUUGCGCCAAUUUCUUCCAUCCUUCCCAGAGAACAACACGGAGCAGCAGGAGCAGACUGUUCAGUCCCUCUUCAGGGGGGAGAACUUCCACUUUGGGAAUCCUGUGCACAUUGCCCAGAAGCUCUUCAGGGACGGCCAUUUGAACCCGGAGGUGGUAAGGUAUCGGCAGCUGUGUCUGAAGUCCCAGUAUAAGAGAUACCUGACGUCUCAGCAGCAGUAUUUUCACAACCUACUGAAGCAAAUCCUGGCAUCCAGGAAGGAACUUUUAGAUGUUGCAAGAAAGAAGGGUCCCGACCUGGUGAUUAAGAGGAAACCAGCCUCAUUGCGAAACUCGCCUGAGGAGAGAGAGAGGCGGGCGCAGCGGCGUUACCUAAAGAUCCUGCGAGAGGUGAAGGAGGAGUGUGGAGACACCACCCUGUCCUCUGAGGAGGAAGAUUUGAGCACGUGGUUACCGGGGUCACCCACCCAAUCCCCUGGGGCUGCCCUUCCAGUCCGCUCAGUCCCCACACUUUCCACUCAGGACAUGAAGACUGCAGAUAAAGUUGAGCUAACGGAGCGUGACUUCAAGCUGUUGCUACGAAAACACUGUGAGAAGAGGAAAUAUCAGCCAGAUCAUCCAGACCUCAUGAUGGACGACGUGACCAUGAAUGACAUCAUGACUCGUGUAAAUGCCGGCAGGAAGAAUUCUCUGGCAGCACUUUUUGAUCUGGCGACUAUGAAGAGAAGAGUAAAAGAGCGAGAUGAAAGGAAAAAGAAGAAGAUGAAACCUAUCAAGACAGAACCAGAUGAUUACCCUGAAGUUUCUGAGGAAGCAGACCUGAUGCCUGCACUGUUGCCCAGUGAUCCACCUGUCCCUUUUCCCCUGACUGCAGUGAAGGAAGAACCCUUGGAUGAUGUGAAGCCGCCUUUACCAUUCAAUGAGAUUUCGGCUUGCUUCUUUACCUUGUUACUGGAUAUUCUGAUGGUGGAAGGCCCCUCCAGUCUCAUGCUGUUGGAGGAUAAGGUGUCAUAUUGGCAGUCAUCAGCCACUAGUACCCUGAACAGUUGGUUCUCGGCAGCCUCUAACUGGUGUGAAUUGGUUCAUUCUGCUCUCCUGUAUCUCGGUGGGGACAAUAAAGGUACUUUAUCUGGCUUCACUCCAUAUGUUGAAUUCAAGGAAAAAACCCAGCAGUGGAGAUGUCUUGGUCCCCCCUGUGACUCGGAGAAGGAACUUGUGGCACUAUUUCACCUCUGGUUAGAGACAAAGGAUCACAUAUUAUCCAAGGAGAAUGAAGAGUGUGCAGACACCGGGAUGCCAGUCCCCAGAGUGAGGACUGAUUACAUUGUGCGUCCCAGUUCUGGGGAUGAGAAGCGGAUCUUUCAGGAGCAGGAGCGCCACCGUUACCUCCAGCCUCACAAAGCCUUCACAUUCCGCAUGCAUGGCUUCGAGUCGGUUGUAGGUCCUGUAAAAGGUGUGUUUGACAAGGAGACGUCACUGAACAAAGCGCGAGAGCAUUCCCUAUUGCGCUCUGACCGGCCUGCAUAUGUCACAAUUUUGUCUCUCGUGCGAGAUGCUGCUGCCCGACUCCCCAAUGGAGAAGGAACGCGUGCGGAAAUCUGUGAGCUGCUCAAGGACUCUCAGUUCCUGGCACCGGACGUCACUAGCGCUCAGGUUAACACCGUGGUGAGCGGAGCUCUGGACCGACUGCACUAUGAGAAAGAUCCCUGUGUAAAAUACGAUAUUGGCCGCAAGCUCUGGAUCUACCUCCACCGAGACCGGAGCGAGGAAGAGUUUGAGAGGAUCCACCAGGCUCAUGCAGCGGCUGCCAAAGCCAAGAAAGCGCUGCAGCAGAAGCCAAAGACUCCGUCAAAGAUCAAGACAAGUAAUAAAGAGUUCUCAGUGAAAAGCGGUGGCACCCCAGAACCGGCACCACUGACCCUGAGUGAGUGCAGCAUGCCCCCGACCCCUGGAACUCCCGGCACCCCAACUACCCCAGCACUUCCGUCAACACCAUUGUCUCCCUCCACCUCUGUAGCCAUCAGCAAAAUUGUUGCCAGCAACAUCCCAGAGCCCCCGAAAUCCAGUCAGAGUGUUCUCUUGGUGUCUUCUCCAACCAUACCUCAGCUGAGCACAUUGUUGACUCCUCCUGUGACCAGCCAGGUGACCACUGUGACCCCAGGACCUGUAAGAACCACCCUCUCCACUGCCCCAGCAAUCCCUCAAGUUCGAAUUGUGACAGCUCCUGCUACAGUCACCCCUGCCCCCCCACCUUCCAUUGUGUCUCAGCCACUCUCCCCAGCAGUGUCUCACAUCAGAUUGCCGGUCACUACAUCUGCAACCAAGGGGUUAACACAGGUUGUGACAAUGCCAGUGAAGACUCAGCCAGCUGCUGCUGUCCCUCGUACUGGGGCUUCAUUGUCCACUCAUGCAGGAAUUACUGUGACAACUCUGGCCUCCUCUACUGUAGUUGCUUCCAAGCCAGUGGUCAGUUCUCCUGCUGGGUCUGCUCCAACCAUCUUGCAGAGCAUCACCGGUCAAAGCAUCCUCAAACAGGUGGCGCUGUCUGGACAACUCGGCAUGAAGUCCCAGCCAACCUCAAGUCUUCCUUUGUCAACCACCAAUCUCCGGAUACAGGGCAAGGAUGUGCUGCGUCUUCCUCCAUCUUCUAUUACCACUGAUGCUAAGGGUCAGACUAUUUUACGCAUUACUCCCGACAUGAUGGCCACAUUGGCCAAGUCCCAGGUUACUGCUGUGAAAUUGUCGCAAGAACUCUUUUCUGCUACACCAGCAACCAGUUCCAACAAAGGACUCCUACAAAUGACUUCGAACCCUUCCUCUCCUUCCCCCCCAGCUCCUGCCACCAUCAAAGUCACCCCAGAGGUUAAACCGGUGGAUGCAAGUAACUCUGGGUUUAGACUUAUGCCAGCCUUGGGGAUGUCUGUAGCUGAUCAUAAAGGCAAAGCUGCAGCUAAUGCUGACACUAAAGCUGCUACUACCAUACGAAUUGUACAGGGGCUUGGUGUAGUCCCUCCAAAGCCUGCAGCCACUCAAAGGAUUACUGUAGCUGGCAAACCAGUCCCUGUGGCGUCCUGCACUGUGGUCAGCCCUGUUCAUACCGCUUCAACCGUAAGCCUUUCGCCUGUGACCAGUGCUGGAACGAAACCUCCGCUGCCUGGAGUCACCAUGGGAGCUGCUGCAGCAACGGUACGGCAGAUCCCGGCCACAACAACUCAGCAGGGAAAGCUUCCAGCAAGGAUUACUGUGCCGCUCUCUGUGCUCAGUCAGCCCAUGAAAGGGAAGAGUGUUGUGUCUGCGCCAAUCAUCAAAGGCAACUUAGGAGCAAAUAUAAGUGGACUGGGACGGAAUAUAAUCCUGACCACUGUGCCAGCUGGGACCAAGCUCAUAGCUGGUAACAAGCCCGUCAGUUUCCUGACAACUCAGCAAUUGCAGCAGCUCCAGCAGCAGGGACAGGCCACCCAGGUGCGUAUACAAGCUGUCCCUGCCUCCCAUCUGCAACCAGCCUCCUCGUCUGCAGCUUCCAAGGCUGUGUCCACUGUUGUAGUAACCACCACCCCUCCCCCUAAGCCAGCAACGGAGCCUCAAUGAUGGAGACACUCGGCUAAUAGCAACUGGAUCCAGUCCUGACCUGUGCUCCAACUGACGACUGGAGGCCAGAGAGUGAGCGCUAGAACUUCAGCUUUGUGGUCCCAGCCCAGCUGGUGGAACUCAACGUGAGACGGCGCAGUGCUGAGACAUUGUACAGUUCCUGGUGAACACUGUGGACUUUUUUGUUGUUUGGACUUUUAUGUUUUUAUGCUGUAAUAGCAAAUGGUGAAAAAAUUAAUAUAUAUUUACCUUUUGCUUGUAAAUGUAAAUUAUAUUUAAGAAUCAA